UGAAAAAAUUAAUUUGAGUAAAAAUAAUGUCUGUAAUUUCAAGUCACACCCACAAUCUAGUCGUGGAUGAAAAUCAGGAUCCCAUUAUAAGUGAAGAUGGUCAAUUAGUUUUAACUUGCAGAAUUUCAGGUAUAUUAUGUUUGCGUGCCGAGGGGGUGGCUUCGGAAAUGUUAAUUAAUUUAAAUUUUGACCGGCUACGGCGGUUACCGUAUCUAUUUUCAAUACUCCUGUGGCAUAAAAUGCAUAUAAAAAUGAAACUGGGAGAGAAUACGAUUUGAAUAAUAUAUAAAAGGGGAAAUGCACGCCAAGCGGAAACACUCGCUAUUUAUAUACUGCUGUAAUAAGGAGUCAAUAGUUUAAACUAUCAUGACAAGCCUUCCUGGUAAAUGUGACAAUAAAAUACAUCCAGAGGCUAUAAACAAGUUGGAACGUGACUUAAGUGAACUGGAGCGCCCCCGUAUCCCUACUGAUGUUUUUUGGCUCAUUUUUUAUUUAAUAUUUUUAACACUAGUGCUGGGUUUUACAGGGUAUUGUGCCCAUUUUGGGGACAUAGGAAGAGUUAUUCAUGGUUAUGACAAUUGUGGUUUUGUAUGUGGUAGGAACAGUGACGUAAAACACUUUCUAAGUUGCUAUGAUGCUACUUAUAUGGCUGAUAACAGGCAAUUUGGAGGAUUAAACAUAUUGCUCUACAAAGGAUUUCAGAUAUCUAACAGAUAUUGUAUAAAGAACUGCAGUGAAUAUGAGGGAUACACAGAAUUUCUCAACAGAUGUGUUCCUUUUACUCACAAAGAAACAAUUUAUACCAUCAUGAUGAAAACUGGAAUAAAACCAUUUUUAAUGGAAGUUGGGGAGGACUUCAGGGUGACUUGGCCCAAUAUCCUAAAAAUAGCCCUGUUUGCUUUGUUUAUAUCAGUGAUUCUUCUUAUUCUUUUGCCCUUUUGGUCAGGGCCAGUUGUCUGGAUUAUAUUAACUGGAGUGUGGGGUGCUUGCAUCAUCACUUGUUUUGCUUUAUGGAUGCGCUUUGUAGAAUUGAAAAAAGAAAGUGCUGACAGUGAGCAGAAAUUAACUUAUCUUAUUUUAUCCAUAUUGGCAACAGUUGUAACUAUUACGCUGACGGCUAUUAUAAUUAUAAUGGUCAAAAGGAUCCGGCUAGCAAUUCAGUUAUUCAAAGAAACUGGCAAAGCACUCACAGCGAUGCCCAAUUUAUUUCUGCAACCAUUUUUGGCCUUCAUAGUUAUAAUGCUUACAAUAAUUUCCUGGAUUAUCGCUUCUUUAUUGAUAAGCAGCGCCGGAUAUUUCAUAAUGAAAAGCCCCAACGUUUAUCAUUAUAAAAAAGACGGGAUCAUAUGGUCCGCCGCCAUUUUAAGCUUUACAGGGAUGCUCUGGACUGUGGAGUUCAUUAUGGGAUGCCAGUAUACCGUGGUUUCCGGAGCAGUCUCCAAGUGGUACUUUGAAAGGGAUAAAUCGAAGCUCUCCCAACCGAUUUGGAAAAGUGCCUAUAACCUCAUCAGGUACAAUUUGGGUACCGUAGCUCUGGGUUCUCUAUUAAUUUCCAUAGUAAGGUUCAUUAGAAUCCUCGUGGCGUUCACCAGGAAAAUAUCAAAAAAGAUCGAAGGGUGGUACUUGGAAAAAGUAUGCGUAUAUUGCUGUUCGUGUUUUCUUUGGUUAUUCGAGAAAGUCUUAAGCAUUGCAACGGCGCACGCGUAUGUUAUAACUGCGAUGUAUGGUUACCCAUUAUUCACAGCAGGAAAAGAAGCUUUUAAACAUAUAACUGCUAAGCCAAUAAGACUUGCAGCAAUCAAUAACAUUGGGGACUUUGUCCUUUUUUUAUUUCAACUUCUAGUGGUGGCAUGUACAGUGGCAAUGGGAACUUAUCUAUUUAAGAGAGAGGAAAGAGGCAUACAUCACAUAUGGGUCCCACUAGUACUCUCCGCCUUAUUCAGCUACAUUAUUGCAUGUUGCUUUGCAACAGUCUAUAAGAUUACAAUGGAUACCAUUUUCAUAUGUUUCUGUGAAGAUUCCCUGGUAAACGAUGGGGUUUCAAAACCAUUUUUCAUGUCCAGGGGGCUAAUGGAAUUUGUAGAGAAUUCCAGGGUCAUGGAAAACCGAAAAUCAAAGCUUAAACUUAAUGAGUUGCCCCCCAAAGUGAAUUUUGAUGAUGUUAAAUAUUAAGCACAAGAAGAUAAUAAAUAUUUUCAAUAAAAAAAAA